UUUUAAGCGAAUAAGAGACGAGUAGGCAGCACCACCAGGAGCCGGUCCGCAGAGGGACAUUCAACAAUUCUCUAAGAUUUCCACAUAAAACGCUCAAAACGUCGUACGCAAUGAGAGGAGACCGGGGCAGAGGCCGAGGCGGCCGCUUCGGGGCCCGCGGAGGACUGGUCCAGGGGUACCGUCCGUUUGUCCCACACAUUCCAUUCGAUUUUUAUGUGUGUGAGAUGGCCUUCCCCAGAGUGAAGGCUGCACCUGAUGAGACGGCUUUCAGUGAGUGUCUGCUGAAAAGGAACCAGGACCUGAGCCCUACUCCUGCAGAGCAGUCUUCCAUCUUGUCCCUGGUCACAAGUCACAACGUGAUUGACAACCUGAUUGUUGCACCAGGAAACUUUGAAGUGCAAAUUGAAGAGGUGCGUCAAGUGGGUUCAUACAAGAAGGGCACCAUGACAACAGGACACAAUGUUGCUGACCUGUGGACACCCUUCGCACGCAGGAACCCUGCUGAAGUGCUGUCCAUGUUGACCAAUGAGACUGGCUUUGAGAUCAGCUCAGCGGAUGCUACAGUCAAGAUCCUCAUCACCACCGUCCCCCCGAACCUGCGCAAACUGGACCCAGAGCUGCAUUUGGAUAUCAAGGUGCUGCAGAGUGCCCUCGCUGCCAUCCGUCACGCCCGCUGGUUUGAAGAGAAUGCCUCUCAGUCAACGGUCAAAGUAUUGAUCCGCCUGCUGAAAGACUUGAGGCUGCGUUUCCCUGGUUUUGAACCUCUCACUCCCUGGAUCCUAGAUCUGCUGGGCCACUCUGCAGUGAUGAACAACCCCUCCAGGCAGCCUCUGUCCCUGAACGUGGCCUACAGGCGCUGCCUGCAGAUGCUGGCUGCUGGUCUCUUUCUGCCUGGCUCUGUGGGCAUCACUGACCCCUGUGAAAGUGGAAACUUCAGAGUCCACACAGUAAUGACUCUGGAACAGCAGGACAUGGUGUGCUUCACAGCUCAGACUCUGGUGAGGGUGCUCUCUCAUGGAGGCUACAGGAAGAUCCUUGGUCUGGAGGGAGAUGCCAGCUACCUAGCAACAGAGAUGUCUACAUGGGAUGGUGUGAUUGUGACUCCCUCAGAGAAGGCAUAUGAGAAACCUCCAGAGAAGGAAGGAGGAGAAGAUGAAGCUUUGGAGGAGGGAGGGGAUGGAGAGGAUGAGAGCAUGGAGACCCAAGAGUAA